AUGAAGGGCUUGCUUGAUUUGCCACCGGGCGAUAAUAUUAACGAGAACGUCCAACUAAUACGAAGUUACUAUCGCGGUGGUCAGGAAUCACCACUGCACUGCCGACGGACUUUGGAUCAAUUCACCUACCAUAUGCUGCAUGAUACAGAGAGACGCGACAACAGCCAAGUCAUGUCGCGGUGGGUGAGCAAGGAUGAACCUUCUAUUUCCAGGGAUGACUGCCCCGUACUCAUGGUUGACCAGCUCUGGCUGUGGGUUCUCGAAGAUGACAAGACUGUGAUUACGUCGCUCCCGGACACGUGGUGCGCGGACAAAAACUACAACUUGGCAAAGUACCUGGCCGAGGAGAAGCUCAAAGGAAACGACGACAGGCCGCUCAUGAAAGACACGCUGGACCUUGCAAACACCAUUAUCCGAUACAGCGUGGACUUUCUCAGGCGUCCAGGUCCAUAUGAAGUGACGUUGUACGAAUGUUUUCAGUCGAGCAUCACCCUCAUUUUCAAAUCGCUUGUUAGAGAGCUCAACAAGAACACGCUUGACGAGCAAACCCGCGCAACUAAAACCAAUUCCCUGUUCCAGCUCACCACCGAGACCCGGCUGCUCGCUGAAAUCAUGGACAUCUUGGACGAGCUGAAAACCAUCCAAAAUGUAUUCAAAGAACAGCGAACGGCCCUCGCAAAAUGGAUCAAAGUGCUCUUUCCCAGUCGAUUAUCACUUGCCACCGAGGCUUAUUACUCACCUUCCUCUCUGUACCGUGACAGCAGCGGCCGGGCCGACGACGAUAGCGACAUUUUGGACACACCUGAGUCAUACAUGUAUGGUGACAGGACCUCGUCGAGCCUUUAUGAUGAGCCGGACCCUCUUGACUCCAUCGGUAUGUCAAGUCCAAGACGGCCGCUAGCAUCAGCAAUGUCAGGCGGUGGGCCGGCCUCCCCCACAGCAAGGGCUCGGGCCGCGGGGCGACGCACCGUGCAGUUCGCGGACGAGCCGGCCAUGUUCCAAAAACCGAGGGCAUUGGCGCAAGCGGAGGAGAUUCUGGAGUUGGCCCAGGUGAAUAUCUCCACAAUCAAGGAGAUGAUGAUAUAUGCGGAGAAGGUUCGCCAGGAAGUGAGUUAUUCCAACGUUCUUUCUAUGUCCUUGUUUUAG